AUGUCAUUUCUUAAGCAAUUUGGUCACUUGUCCAUUCAAACACGUAACAUUGGCUCCGGCAAACACCUGAACCCUACAAAGUUUACUAGCAUUCUUGCCAAUGUGCCCUUUAGACCUACUUCUCCUUGGCAAAUGUUUGCAGCUGAAAAAUUGAAGGGUGCAAAGAAUGAAAAAAUGGGCCAAAGAAUGGCGGAUAUUUCUGCUGAAUGGAAGUCCAUGAAUGAACAAGACAAGAAGAAAUACUUUGAUAUUUAUAAAGAAAAGAAGGAAAAUCAUGACGCAGCAAUGGAAAAGGCUUUAAACAGCGCAACAUCAAAACAGUUUUAUGAAGAAAAUCUCUUGAGAAAGAAAUACAAAUUGCCUCUGCUUAAGGAUCCUAAGAAACCCAAGAAGCCUUUGAAUGCCUAUAUGCUAUAUUUCCAAGCUAAGAAAGAUGAUCCUUCAGUAAACGGCUUGACAAUUCAAGAAAAGACUAAAAAGAUAGCUCAACAAUAUGCACAGUUGCCCGAAUCUGAAAAGAAGCCUUUCACUGAAAAGGCCAAUAAACUGCAUGAAGAAUACCGCAAGAAGUUGGCAGAAUACAAUGCAUCAGCUGGUAAACCUGCAAAGGAAUAA